AGCUGCAGUCAGUCAGUCGGUCUGGGAGCUUCCAAUGACAAGCGAAAAGAAGCAACUGUUCCUUGCGUGAUCCCUAGGACUUACUGCUUAAUUUUGGAGCUGCUUAAACAUGGGAUUUGAGCUGGAUCGUUUUAAUGGGGACGUGGACCCUGAUUUCAAAUGCAAUGUGUGCAAUCAAGUUUUGGAGGAUCCGCUUGCAACUCCGUGUGGUCAUGUCUUCUGCGCUGGCUGUGUCUUACCGUGGGUUGUCCAGCAAAACAGCUGCCCCGUAAAGUGCCAAAGGAUUUCUACGAAGGAACUGAACCACGUUCUCCCUCUGAAAAACCUAAUACUGAAGCUGGACAUCAAGUGUGACAACCACGCUAGGGGCUGCGAGAAAGUGGUGAAGUUGCAGCAUUUAGCAGAGCACACAGAGAUGUGUGACUAUUCUCCAGCCAAAUGCAGGAAUAAGGGAUGCAACGAAGUCCUCAAUUUAAAAGACAUGGAUGCCCAUAUGAGAGAAACGUGUGAUUAUAGACCUGUUGGGAUUUGUGAGAAAGGAUGUGGUUUGGUCUUAAUCUACAAAGAGCAGGCAUUAGAUACGCAUUGUUGUUUUAAAGCUUUGAAGGCUCAUAAUAGCGCGUUGCAGGGUAAAAUGGUAGAUUUGGAUAAGGAGUUUAAGAAACAGUCUCUGAAAUCAAGCAAGCGGGAGAAAUCUCUUCUGGCUCAGCUCUCAUCUGUUCAAAAUGAGCUUCAAGUGACAGCUCUGAAAUACCAAAAGAAAUUCACAGAGUACAGCGCAAGGAUCGACUCUCUGACUAAAAGCCUGGCUCCUCAAUGCAAGGGAGAAGAGACUAAAACCCUUAAAGCUGCCCUUCAUCGUGAUUCUGGAUCUCUGGGAUUUAAUAUUGUUGGUGGCAGACCGGACAACCAAGAUGGUUCUUUGAAUGAAGGAAUCUUUGUGUCCAAAAUAGUGGAGAAUGGGCCAGCUGACAAGGAAGGAGGACUGCAAAUCCAUGACAGGAUUAUGGAGGUCAAUGGUAAAGAUUUGUCCAAGGCAACUCAUGAACAGGCAGUCGAAGCUUUCAGGACAGCCAAGGAUCCAAUCGUGGUUCAAGUUCUACGAAGAGCUCCUAGAACCAAAAUGCUCAACCCUGCCCAUGAGUCUCAGCUGCUGGAUACAGGCACGCAGACUGACAUAACCUUCGAACACAUCAUGGCUCUUGUAAAGCGCACCACUCCCACCCCACCCGCGGCAGUACUUGAGCAAUACCUGUUGCCAGAAGAACAUUCGCCAGGACAUGAAUAUUAUGACCCAAAUGACUUCUUGGAAGGUAUGCACCAGGACAUGGAGAGAGAAGAGUUGGAAUAUGAGGAAGUGGACUUGUACAGACUUAACAGCCAAGACAAGCUUGGGCUCACACUGUGCUAUAGAACUGAUGAUGAAGAUGACACAGGGAUCUAUGUGAGCGAGAUUGAUCCAAAUAGCAUUGCUGCGAAAGAUGGCCGAAUCCGAGAAGGAGAUCGAAUUAUCCAGAUUAAUGGAAUAGAGAUUCAGAACAGGGAGGAAGCGGUGUCACUUCUGACCAGAGAAGACAACAAGAAUGUGUCUCUCCUCGUAGCCAGGCCUGAGAUUCAGCUGGACGAAGGAUGGAUGGAUGAUGACAGGAAUGACUUUCUUGAUGAUUUGCACAUGGAUAUGCUGGAGGAGCAGCAUCAUCAGGCUAUGCGAUUUACUGCCAGCAUGCUUCAGCAGAAAAAGAUCGAUGAGGAUGGAGGAACUACAGACACGGCUACAAUUUUAUCCAACCAGCAUGAGAAAGACAGUGGAUUGGGGCGUACUGACGAGAGCACCCGCAACGAUGAGAGCUCAGAGCAGGAGAAUAUGGGAGACGACCACACCACUUCAUCCAACACUUUAGGCAGUCGCAAAAAAAUGACUUACAGCCAUGACACUCUGGGAAGUGGGGAUAUGCAGUUCAGCAAUGAGUCCUUCAUAUCUGCCGAUUACACAGAUGCAGACUUUCUGGGGAUUCCUGCAGACGAAUGCGAAAGAUUUCGAGAGCUUCUUGAGCUGAAGUGCCAAGUGAAGAGUGCAAACCAGUACAGCCUUUAUUAUCACACCAGUGCAAUGGACAUGAAUAAAAGUGACCAGGAAAGUGUAGACAAGGAGUUGGAGAUGCUGAAUGAAGAGUUGAGAAACAUUGAGCUGGAAUGCCUGAACAUUGUACGAGCCCACAAGAUGCAGCAGCUGAAAGAGCAGUACCGAGACUCCUGGAUGCUUCACAACAGCGGCUUCCACAACUACAAUACCAGCAUUGACGCUCGCAGACAUGAGCUGUCUGACAUCACAGAGCUACCGGAAAAAUCAGAUAAGGACAGCUCAAGUGCUUACAAUACUGGGGAGAGCUGCAGGAGCACUCCUCUUACACUGGAGAUGUCCCCUGACAACUCUCUCCGCAGAACUGAUGAUGUCAACAGCCAGGGCAAUGAAGGGGUUGUGGCCAAUAGCACAGGGCCCAACGGAACAGCGCCAAAGGCUUCUCUGUCCCAAGCUGGAGGCCAAGAGUCGAGCUCUGUUAAAUCCCGCUCCUCUUCCUCUAAGGAUUCCAGCAAGCAGUCAGAGGGAAAGGAGAGGAAAACUACAGACACCAGCAAGACUUCAAAAGCUGGUAACUUAUCCUACCAGCACUCUCCGUACAAGCAUGCUCACAUCCCAGCUCACGCCCAGCACUAUCAGAGUUACAUGCAGUUGAUCCAGCAGAAGUCAGCAGUAGAGUAUGCCCAGAGCCAGAUGAGCCUGGUCAGCAUGUGCAGAGACCCCACUUCUCCAAGCCAACUGGAACCUAAGAUGGAGUGGAAGGUAAAGAUCAGGAGCGAUGGGACGCGGUACAUCACUAAGAGGCCAGUGAGGGACAAGCUGCUGAAGGAGCGUGCAAUAAGGAUCAGAGAGGAGCGCAGCGGCAUGACGACAGACGAUGACGCAGUCAGCGAGAUGAAAAUGGGCCGCUACUGGAGCAAGGAGGAGCGCAAACAGCAUAUAGUACGAGCGAAGGAGCAGAGGCAGAGACGAGAGUUCAUGAAGCAGAGCAGACAGGAUUGUCUGAAGGAGCAGGGCAGUGGAGAGGAGAAAAAGGAGGUGAAUAUUAUUGAACUGAGCCACAAAAAGAUGAACAAGAAGAGGAACAAGAAAGUUUUCGACAAUUGGAUGACGAUUCAAGAACUGUUAACUCACGGCACUAAAUCCCCAGAUGGAACGAGAGUAUACAAUUCCCUUUUAUCUGUAACCACUGUGUAAGUGGGCUGUCUGAAUAAUGUAAAUAUGACUCUGCCAGUUGGAGUAGAAAUUCCUGCCUCGUUAAAUGUGGCAUCCCUUUUUUUUUUUUGUGUAAAUACAAAAUGGUCUUCAGAUGUUAAUAGAGCUACAAUAUUGACAUGUAAAAGGUUGGGUAACAGAAAUGUUUAAAAACAGAUAAUGAACUGUAGUAUUGUUUUGAAGGCAAAAUAAGUACAGAUUUUUUUUCACAUGCAUUCAAUAAUCUUUAUACCUUUGUACCUUUGAAUUUGAAACGGUUACACUUCUGGAACCUUUAUACACCAAUAGCCAUAGCAUGAUUAUUUUUUAUUUUUUAGUUUUACUAUGAUCUUUAAAAUCCUCAUGCAAUUGUAGAAACAGAAAGCUUGCCUAGGUCAUAAAAAUAACUGCCAAUAUGUAUGUAUUUGUAAGAAGACAUGUAUUUUCUACCAGUAUUUUACGGUAUGUGUACUUUUACAUAUUUUUAAAUCAAUAUUUAGCUUUUAUUUGCUUUUAUUUAAAGGUUAUUUGCAGUAUCCUUUUUAUAUUGGACAUUUGUAAAUUUUAUUACAUUUUUCCAAAGGUUCAUUGAUAUUCCGGUUUCUCUGUACUUUAGAAACAUUUUGUACUUGACUGUCUUUUUUUAGCCUGUAUCAAAAGGUGCCAUCAAAUGGAUUCUGCAAAAACUUAAAAACACUUGCUAAAAUUGACUUGCGCUACGACAGGGCUGCUGUCUAUUGACAUCAUUGCCACCUGCGAAUACAUCUGCAGCCUGUUAAAUACAUUUUGCAUGUAUAGUUAAUUAAUUUGUUUAUACAAAACACUUGGAAUUGUUAAAGCCUAUUGUAGUUACUGUGCGCUUUGUAGGAUGGGAUUGGAUGCACUGAACUAAAUAUUGCAUUUUAAUUAAUCUUUAGUUAGCAGCAUAUUGUGAUGUCUUGUAAAAUGAGAGAAAUAAUAAAUUAUUGUUUUAUAUUU